AACCUGAACAGUUCUCUAACACACGUCGACAUGUGAUCCCAAAUUGACAUGUCAAGGUUAACAGUGGACUAGGUCAUACAGAUGUUCCUGUGGCGUUUAUGGCCGUCGGUGUCAUCACAUUGGGAUGGGCCUGCAAACCGCACUCGCAUUUAAACUCGGGAGAGUAAGCGCCUAACUGAGACACACUGGACGGGACGUGAAAAUGGUCGCUUCACACGAGGGAGAACAUUAUGCUCACCAAUUUGUCGCCGCAUAGAUUUGCUGACAGAACGCUUGUGACCAUCUAACUUAGGGGGAGGGGGGCUCUUUUAGCACUUUUUGACUACACAAAGAAGUGGAUUUCCUGUAAUCUGAUGGAGUCGGAGUUGAAGGAGGAGCUUUCAAGUCCCCCUGGAGCAAUGGACCCAAAUCAACAAACAAGCAUACAGUGCUCGCCGUACGUGCUGACCGUUGAGGCCGGUGGCUUCCCGAUGAAGGACACCUUCAAGAUGAUGAGCGACAUGAUCUUGCUGUGCGCCACUUUGGCUCUGUCCCUCUUCUUCUGGAUGCUCUCCCUCACCCUCAGCGCUUACUCAGGGACGCUGCAGCCCGUGUCGCCGUGGCGAUGGCUCUUCUCCAUUUUGGUGCCACUGGUGUUAACCAUCCGAGCGGUCAAAAGACGCAGCCUGGACCGGUCGGGGGCGCUCGGAGCUCUGCUGGUGGGUUUUGUGCUGAGCAUGGCCAACCUGAGCUUCUUCUGCUCACUGCUGACUUUUUUCUUCACCUCGUCCAAGCUGACGCGUUGGGGGGGCGCACACAAGAAGAAAAUUGACGCCGAUUACAAAGAAGGCGGCCAGAGAAACUGGGUGCAAGUGUUCUGCAACGGAGGCAUCCCUACACAGCUGGCGCUGCUUUACAUGAUUGAGGCGGGUCCGGGCGAGAUCCCCAUCGACUUCGGGCGUCAGUACACUGCCUCGUGGAUGUGCUUGUCGCUGCUGGGAGCGCUGGCGUGCAGCGCGGGCGACACCUGGGCCUCGGAGGUGGGGCCCGUGCUCAGUCCGUCGCGGCCCAGACUCAUCACCACCUGGCGGGAGGUCCCGGAAGGGACCAACGGCGGCGUGACCCACGUGGGCUUGGCGGCCAGCUUCCUGGGCGGGCUGGCGGUGGGCGCCGCCUACUUGGCGUCGCAGCUGCUGUUUGUCGGCGACCUCCAUCUGUGCGACCCCCAGUGGCCCGUGGCGCUGUACGGCGGCGCCGCCGGCCUGCUGGGCUCCCUCGUCGACUCCUUCCUGGGAGCCAGCGUGCAGUACUCAGGUUUCGACUCCAGUAUCGGGAAGGUGGUGAGUUACGAGUCCCCGACCACGCACUGGAUCAGCGGCAAACCCAUCCUGGACAACAACGCCGUCAACCUGUUCUCCGCCGUCCUGGUGGCGCUCAUCCUGCCCGGGAUGGCUUGGGGCCUAUGGCCGCAUUAGGAGCCCCCGUGUUUUGGGGCAAAAAAAACCAAAAGUCCUCUACUCCAUGAGCGACAGGGGAAACAGAGAACUUUAUUUUUGAGACUGUUUUGCGUUUGAAAUAAAGUGAGAAAAGGCAACUCCGUGUUGUAUAUUUUUGACCCCCAAAUUUAAGUCAAGAAAACAUUGGUGAAUUACCAAAUGAAGCCACAAGGUGCCAGCAAAACACUCGUACAUCCGUUUCCAGAGUCUGCAAGAAAAACGGACUAGCGGCACCGCUGCUUUUUGAAUUCAUUUGUUUAUUUCAUCGUGAGAGAAAAGGCACUAAAGUAAAGUAGGAGAGGAGGAGUGACAUUGACUUGGAAUGAGAGGUUCACUUGACAAACAAACUUAAUACACAGGCACACAGAAAGACAAGUUCAACUUCCAAAAAAUAAAAGGUCCUUCAGAGUGUUUGGUGUCUUAAGAGUUCAUUUUCUUUCAUUACAAAUAUACAAGAUAAAUUCCUAUUUCCCCGCAAAUAAAUGAGAUGAAGGUGGCAAGUUUGCCUUUGAACGCAGCAUACAAAAUGGUGGGGUGAAUGAGCCUUACCUCCAGGGUUGUAAAAUUCCAACAUCAGAACUUGACUUUGGGAAUGAUAAAUGAAAUACACAACCUUGACAUAAGCGUAUUGUCCCUUCAUUUACAAAAUGAUGAGUGUUGUAAGCGCUAUCGCUCGCUAAAAUAACCAAAAAGGUCACGCGCUCUCUCACAUUUGGACAAUUCCCAUAGUGAAGCCUUUUCCGGUUGACUGUCAAUUUUCGCAACCCUGAAAUCAAACCGGGAGUGUUUGUAAACAUCAGUCGUCAAUUUUAGAUUUCC